AUGGCGGCGCCCACAUUACUCCCGCGCCUCUCUGCCGCCGCCGCCGUCGCGCUCGCGCUGCUCGUCGCCGCGCUGCCUUCCGCAGAAGCUUAUGACCCUCUUGAUCCAAAUGGGAACAUCACUAUCAAGUGGGAUAUCAUGGAGUGGACUUCGGAUGGCUAUACUGCUGUUGUGUCCAUAUACAAUUACCAGAAGUACCGUCAUAUCCAAGCACCUGGGUGGCAUCUUGGCUGGGUUUGGGCAAAGAAAGAGAUCAUCUGGAGCAUGCUCGGUGGGCAGGCCGUAGAGCAAGGGGAUUGUUCUCACUUUAAAGGCAACAUACCACACUGCUGCAAGAAGAAUCCAGUAACAGUUGACUUGCUUCCUGGUGUGCCAUUCAACGUGCAGGUUGCAAAUUGUUGCAAAGGGGGAGUUCUUAGCUCAUGGGUACAGGAUCCAGUCAGUGCAGUGGCAUCGUUCCAGAUCACUGUUGGACGAUCUGGGACUAGCAAUAAGACAGUUAGAGCGCCGAAAAACUUCACUCUCAAGGCCCCAGGUCCAGGAUAUACCUGCGGAGUAGCCCAAACAAUGAAACCACCCACUAAGUUCAUUUCUCCUGAUGGGAGGAGAACUACUCAAGCCCAUGUGACUUGGAAUGUGGAAUGUACAUAUUCACAGUUUGUUGCUCAAAGAGGUCCAACUUGUUGUGUUUCACUCUCAUCGUUUUAUAACGAUACAAUAAUAGACUGUCCAAAAUGUUCAUGCGGCUGCCAAAACAACAUAACCAAACCUGGGAGCUGUGUGGAGAGUAAUUCUCCUUAUUUGGCUUCUGUGGUGAAUGGACCUGGGAAGGACAGCUCAACUCCUCUAGUAGAAUGCACACCCCAUAUGUGCCCAAUAAGGGUGCACUGGCAUGUUAAGCUCAACUAUAGGGACUACUGGAGGGUGAAGGUCACAAUUACAAAUUGGAAUUACCGGAUGAACUACUCGCAGUGGAACUUGGUUGCUCAACACCCAAACUUUGAAAAUAUCAGCACUAUUUACAGCUUCAACUACAAAGCUUUAAAUCCCUAUGGAGUAAUAAAUGAUACUGCAAUGUUGUGGGGUGUCAAGUACUACAAUGACCUGCUCAUGGUAGCUGGUCCAGAGGGCAAUGUGCAAUCCGAGCUUCUGUUCCGGAAGGACCCGUCGUCCUUCACCUUCGGGAAGGGCUGGGCGUUUCCAAGACGCAUAUACUUCAACGGCGAGAGCUGCGUCAUGCCUCCACCAGAUUCGUACCCAGUGUUACCAGACUCAUCUCCUAGAUUGAAGAAGACGACGUUUCUCAUUCUGUCUGUUGCCUUCUGCGCAAUGGUGGCGUUCUUGCACAAUCAUUUUGUGUUGGAUAAAUACUGCGGAAAGUCCUGA